AUGUACGAGCACCUCAUGCCCGGUGGGUGGAUUGAGAUCACCGAAUGGCUAGUCAAGUUUCAGUCUGGCAACCGUUCUCUGAAUAUGUUCAACAUUUGGAACAAAAACUUCAAGCGAGGCUUGCGGAAAUUCGGGAGCUCUCCGUACUGGGCACUUGGGUGGAAGUCCAUCAUGCAGGAUAAGGGCUGCCUCCAUGUGACGGAGAGGAGACAUCCCGUGCCUCUCAACCCGUGGGCACCUGGUAAGCGGUUGCAGAAGCAGGGCAAGAUGAUGGCAGAGAAUGUUCAGACUUUCCUCGAAGGUGCCACCAUGCCAAUCUUCACGGGAGCCCUGGGCUGGACGCACGAACAGGUGCAGGAGUUACUCUCUGCUCUGAAGAAAGAGGUUGCGGAUACCGAUGUCCAUGGAUACUUGACACUGUAA